AUGAUUUAUGGGUAUACCGAAAAAGAACUAGAAAAAACGGACCCGGAUGGGUGGAGAUUGAUCGUAGAAGAUACAGGACGACAACGCUGGAAGUACCUAAAAACAGAGGAAGAGAGGCGAGAAAGGCCUCAAACAUAUAUGGAAAAGUAUUUUCUGGGGAAAAAUAUGGAUCUACCGGAACAACCAGCAGCAAAAACGCCGAUAGAAUCGGCGAGAAAAGGGUUUUCGUUUUAUAAACAUCUACAAACGAGUGAUGGUAAUUGGGCAUGUGAAUAUGGGGGGGUAAUGUUUCUUCUUCCGGGACUUAUAAUUGCAAUGUAUAUUUCAAAAAUCGAAUUUCCAGAUGAAAUGAGAAUUGAAGUAAUUCGUUAUUUAGUGAACCAUGCUAAUCCUGAAGAUGGUGGUUGGGGGAUACACAUAGAGGGAAAAUCUACAGUUUUUGGGACAGCACUUAAUUAUGUUGUUUUACGUAUCCUAGGUCUUGGACCAGACCAUCCAGUUACUAUGAAAGCAAGAAUAAGGUUGAAUGAGCUUGGGGGUGCUAUUGGAUGUCCUCAAUGGGGAAAGUUUUGGCUAGCAGUUUUAAAUUGUUAUGGUUGGGAAGGUAUAAAUCCUAUUUUACCCGAGUUUUGGAUGUUACCUGAAUGGCUUCCUAUACAUCCAUCACGUUGGUGGGUCCAUACAAGAGCUGUAUAUCUUCCAAUGGGAUAUAUUUAUGGAGAGAAAUUUACAGCGCCUGUUGAUCCUUUGAUAGAAUCUUUGAGAGAAGAAUUAUAUACUCAGCCUUAUUCUUCAAUUAAUUUCUCAAAACAUAGAAACACAACAUCACCAGUAGAUGUUUAUGUACCUCAUACUAGAUUUCUUCGUGUUAUUAAUUCUAUUUUAACAUUUUAUCAUACAAUUUUUCGGUUUUCAUGGAUAAAAGAUAUGGCAUCAAAAUAUGCUUACAAAUUGAUUGAAUAUGAAAAUAAGAAUACUGAUUUCUUAUGUAUUGGUCCAGUUAAUUUUAGUAUUCAUAUUUUAGCAGUUUAUUGGAAAGAAGGUCCUGAUAGUUAUGCAUUUAAAUCUCAUAAAGAAAGGAUGGCCGACUUUUUAUGGAUAUCUAAAAAAGGAAUGAUGAUGAAUGGCACUAAUGGUGUUCAGCUUUGGGAUACUUCUUUUGCUGUACAAGCUCUUGUAGAAUCUGGAUUAGCAGAAGAUCCUGAGUUUAAAGAUCAUAUGAUUAAGGCAUUGGACUUUCUUGAUAAGUGUCAAAUACAAAAAAAUUGUGAUGAUCAGCAAAAAUGUUAUAGACAUCGAAGAAAGGGUGCAUGGCCAUUUAGUACACGACAACAGGGAUAUACUGUUUCAGAUUGUACUGCAGAGGCUUUAAAAGCUGUUUUACUUUUACAAAAUUUAAAAUCAUUUCCAAAGAGAGUGUCAUAUGACAGAUUAAAAGAUUCCGUUGAUGUAAUCUUAUCUUUACAGAAUAAAGAUGGCGGUUUUGCUUCUUAUGAAUUGAUACGAGGACCAUCAUGGUUAGAAUUUAUUAAUCCAGCUGAAGUUUUUGGAGAUAUCAUGAUAGAACAUUCUUAUCCAGAGUGUACAACCGCUGCUGUCACUGCUUUAUGUUAUUUUAGAUCAUUGUGUUCUCAUUACCGUGGACCAGAAAUUAAUAAAAGUGUUAAAAAUGCCAUCCAAUUUAUUAAAGAAAGUCAACGUCCUGAUGGGAGUUGGUAUGGAAGUUGGGCAAUCUGCUUUACUUAUGCUACUAUGUUUGCUUUAGAAAGUCUAUCAUGUGUUAAAGAUUUUUAUGAAAAUAGUUUCCAUUCUAGAAGAGCAUGUGACUUUUUAGUUAAUAAACAAGAAGAAGAUGGAGGAUGGUCCGAAGGCUAUCAAUCAUGUACAGAUGGCAUAUGGACUAGACAUCCAACUGGUAGUCAAGUAGUACAAACUGCAUGGGCAUGCAUUGGACUUAUGUAUGCAAAUUAUCCUGAUGAAACACCUAUCAAACGUGGAAUUAAUUUAAUCAUGUCGAGACAACAGCCUAAUGGUGAAUGGAAACAAGAAGCAAUUGAAGGUGUUUUUAAUAAAAAUUGGUAUGUUCCAUUCUAUGAUUAG